GAAAACAGAGGCCACAAUGAACAAUCACUUUUUGAGGAGAGGAAUGAAGGCGGUUUCUUUCAUGCCAAUUAAGCAAUCACAGAUGACCCCGUCAGAAAUCCAAACUCGUGACUAACAUGGGACUAGAGACAAGGAAAAGCAAUUUAAAAGAUUAAGAGCCAGAGAAGCAAUCUUCACACACAGGGCCAGCCAGCCGACAGAACAGUCCAAUCCAGAAAGGUGUCCUGUGGCCUGCCCCCACAAGAUGCCAAGAGAAGAGGCUCACUUCAUCCUUGGUCACCCCAAGAAGGGGCACAACCACUCCUACAUCACAGCUGAAGAGUUCCCCAGCUGGAAAACAUCUAUCUGGGAGCAAGAUGACUCUUUCCUCAAGCCUUGUUCUCUCUACUCCACUCAGGCCCCUGGAGAUGGUUUGCAGACAGAACAAAGGGCUGCAGGGAUUGGAAUCCUGACAGUGAUCCUGGGAUCUUUGCUGCUCAUUGGCUGCUGGUAUUGUAGAAGACGAAGUGAAUACAGAAGCUUGAGGGACAAAAGUAUUCAUGCUGGCACUCAAAGUACCUUAACAGGAAGAUGUCCAUGUGAGGGGUUUGGUCACCAGGACAGCAAACUGCCUUUUCAAGAGAAUAAUUGUGAACCUGUGGUUCCCAGUGCUCCACCUGCCUAUGAAAAACUCUCUGUGGAACAGUCACCACCACCUUAUUCACUGUGAGAAUGCUGAGAGGUGAUGAAAUGAUUUCCUUUACCCUAUUGCUGGACUUUAAUAUGGACAUCUAAUGUUCUGCUUCAGAAUACUGUUGAAAUAGUAUACAUCAUCUCUAAUAAUAAGUUUGGUAUUAAAUUCUUAGUAGAGCAACUAGCAAUAGUAAUUGAGGGAAUGAUGAGAAAUCUUAGAAUGCAAAAAAACUUUGUCAAUAAAUAU